CCCUCAUUUUAUAUGCAUCAAUUUAUCAAUACUAUAUUAAUUUCGUGUCAUCAAAUUACUAUUUAUUAGAGAUCCAGAAUGAAGAUGAAAGUUGUGUGUAUGAUUGUUAUGUUAGUUGUUAUGGUUGAUGUUGUUUCAAUUGCUGAGGCUGUGAAUUGUAACCCAUUAGCAUUGAGCCCUUGUCUUGGGGCAAUUACUUCAAAUUCUCCACCUUCAGCUAAUUGUUGCAGCAAAUUGAAGGAACAAACACCAUGCUUAUGUGGUUACCUUAAAAACCCAAAUUUGAGGCAAUAUGUUAAUUCCCCUGGCUCUAAACAAGUCGCUAGUACUUGUGGUGUUACCAUCCCAAAAUGUUAAAUUAAAUUAAAUGCAACCCCCCAUUUUCUAUGUAUGAUCGCUCCAUCCAUGAGGUAUUCUAUUUUACAAUAAUUAAUUAUGUCCCUCAAAGUUUAUCUUUGGAUAAUUAAGUUAGUAAGAUAAGAAAGCUCGAUCUAUCUUUGAUGUAUUGGGUCUAUGAACAAGUUUGUACUUGCGAAUGAUAAAUAAGGAAAUAAUGGUGUUGCAUACUACUUUAGAGUGGUGUUAAUUUGCUCCAACAAAUUAACUUUGAUAUUUAUAUGUUACUGAAAUCAAUGAAUACAAGUUUGUGUGUUUAUUAAGUAAAAAAAAA